CGGUGUCAGGGGCCGACAGAGGAGAGGGCGCCAUGGCGCAGAACCUGUAUGGUCCUGGAGUGCGGAUGGGCAACUGGAACGAGGACAUCUACCUGGAGGAGGAGCUCAUGAAGGACUUCUUGGAGAAGAGAGCUAAAGGACAGCUUCUCAUACAGAGAAACAGAAGACUCAAAGAGAAUCUCUUGAGACCGAUGCAGCUUUCCGUGUCGGAGGAUGGGUACGUUCGCUGCGGCGACAAGGUGAUGCUCGUGAACCCCGCCCACGCGGAGGUGGAGGCCCACCUGUUUCUGGGCGGCGACCUGAGCCUGUGCGCGACUCCCGAUGAAAUUAAAGCGCAUCUGAGCGACGAGUUAGAGGUGCCGUGUGGCCUGAGCGCAGCUCAAACCGGGAACCCGGUUGGCAGAAACACUUUCACCAUUUUGAGGGCAGACGGAAACGCCACGGGUCAAGUCCUCAGAUACGGACAGGACUUCUGCCUCGCGACCACGGGAGGGUUUGAAGACAAAAUGCUGUAUUUAUCCAGUGACCACAGGACCCUCCAGAAGUCGUCCAAGAGAUCUCUGCUCCAGGAGGCGUACCUGACGGAUGAGGUCUCCUACCUGAGCUGCUGGCAGGCCGCCUUCCUGGACCCCCAGCUGCGCCUGGAAUACGAAGGCGCCCCCGUUCCGGCAAAUGCAAAGAUCCUCAUCUAUCACUGCCGCACGAAUCGGGGGCUGGCAGUCCACAGGCAUCUUUUCUUGAGUACCUAUUUCGGGAAGGAAGCUGAGGUGGCCGUCCACACACAUCUGGAUUCACACAGAGUCGAAAAGCCGAGCAACCAUUGGAUGUUGGUGACCGGGAAUCCCAGGAAAGACUCGUCCGCCAUGUUGGACCUGCCCAAGCCACCGGCCGAGGACCCCCCAGCCCUGGAGCAGGCCACGGACCCCGGGGCGCAGUGACUCCAGGUGCGUUCUGGAAAAACGUAGCUUUGCUAGAAAUCGAUGAUCUUGGCCGUGCCCCAAGCCAUUUUUCAGUAAGGCGUAGAAGUCCCUGAACACUCUAUUAAAACAAAGGCUGUGUGAAGAUUCUUGAAUUAGCGGUGGGGGUCUGGGCCACAGAAAGAAACUGGCUCUGGGGAGAUGGCUCCUAGGUGGCAUUUGAAGGUGACAGAUGAUACUCUUUGUUGAUCACUAGUUCCUGAAGAACUGUAGAUCCCAUGUAGUGGCAGCUUCUACGAGGACAGUGUGUUCCCUUUGAAAGCUAUGUGUGUGCGAUAAAGCUAUCAGAACCACACGGGAUCUUUGUCACCCGCCGCCCCCCCCCCCCACCCCCAACACCGGCCCCACCAAACAACGUACUAAGAAAUCAACAGUGUGGAGCUGUGAGCCGUGGCCUUGGAAAUGAAUGCUUUCCCCCUUGUAUUUUCAUUUCUACCUCUGACUCGGGGGCGGGGGGCGGGGGGCGGGGUGGUCAGGACCUCUACCUGCCUGGUCACGCUGUGGUGUCAUGAUUUUCAAACCGCUGAACCCCUUUACUCUUUGAAACGGGCACUUUAGUCGUGGCGCCCGUGCGAUCAGUAAGUUCCUGAUGAAAUAAACGUGUUGCCUUCCGCGUGUUUGCUCGUCUCCUCACCCUUCGUGGAGGGCCCGUGACGUGUGGGGUGUUUUAAUGGGAUGAAGACUCCCCCA